CUCUCCUGUGACGGAUCGAAUAUAAUAAAAGCAUUCUCGUAAAAAGACCAAAGCGUAGAUAUGUCGUAAAACAAUAAUGACAUCUACGCGUAAAUUGCGGUCACAUUUUCCAAUGCGAGUAAAUGCAAAAGGAAUACUACGCGAUGGAGACGGUUACGAGAAUGGUAAGAAGUUUUUUAGUAAGAGACGUAAAAAGUACAGAACGUGAGGCCACUUUGACCGUCCAUUGAUUUAUAGCAUCAUUCCCCAAAUAACGACCUCUGUCUUUCACUAUUCCUUUAAUUUAAUCUGUACUUUUUAGGGUCUUGGGAGCGCUAUCACCACUUUUCGCGCGAGGGUGGUAACUCUGUGAUUUUUAUCAGUUUGCUUAAAUUAUUAACAAGUCGUAAUAAUCUCUUGUCUAUUUUCUGUAAUAUCUAGGUAACGUUUGCACCCAUCAUUUGUCUGCUUAUUUGUUCAUCAGUGGCCUUGCCGUCAAAGCAAGCUGCAAACGCUAGCGACGAAAAUUUUCAGCAGACGCAAGCAGCAACAAGCCAACGAGAGGAACUAGUACCAAAAACCACAAGAUUGCACAAAAUGGGCAUUCUCAAGGUACCAACAAACACAAGAUUGGUUCGACUUUUCAACAAAAAUGGAUAUUUUCUGAAAAUCUCUAACACAGGGAGACUUCGAGGAACAAGGAGCAUCGACAAUCCAAACAGUAGGUACACAUUAUUCAGGCAAAUCGUGCAAAGCGAGACAUGCUCCUUUGUGUGAUUAUUUGUUCGAUUACUCGCAAUGUUUUGGUUCUGCGAUUUCCAUGCUAAUUAGCUCGACGCACGAUCAAAAAAUUUGCCUUUGACCACAGUUCGAUUUCUGAAGCCUAGAACACUGGGAAGCAAACAAAACCCCCGCAUCGCCAGACGAGUCUAAGUGCCAGUUAGUUAAGGUGUGUUCAGAGUAAACUUUGCUUUCAUUGUGCGGUUAACAAGUUAUCGAGUUGUGCCUUCUUUCUACCUUGCUUGGCUCGCGCCAACGAAGUCUGGCGUCAUCAAAUUUCUAAACACUCACUACAAUAUAAAGACCACAUAUCACAGCAGAGGAGGAAAAAAUUCGUAGACGACCCCCAAAAUGUUGAUAAGUCAUUUUCUACCGGAAAGUAAAACUACUUUCCUUGUCAAGAACAAAUAAUAAAGAAUCGUGUGAGUACUCAUUUCCUUAGAGAUUAAUCCACUUAACAUGACAAUAGACGAAGCUUCGGGAAAAGACACUGAAACUUUAUAAAAACCAAUUUCAAGAACGUAUUGCGUUGAUAACCAUCGAAGUCUUCAUGCUAUCGUUUAAGAUGUUAUAUCAUACAGAGACUAAGAUUUAAAGGAUAAAUGAUAUAGGGGUGUAUAACCGAGCGAAACAAGGCGGCGGCAAAUCUAGAGGAAAAACUUAUAAUCUUGUUAGCAAGCACAUAGCAACACCAUAAAUCACGGCUUGAAUACGCAGCCUCGGCGAAUACGAUCAUGGAGUCCGAGUUACUCGACUGUCAAAUUGAAAAGUCGUCUAAGGGGGUUAAACGCACAUCUUAUAGGCUUUGAAAUGGAGAAAAAUAACAUUUAUCGUUUCGUUUAUUUAAAGAGAAACAAAUUAAACCGCAGUUAACGUAAAACACAUUCGUUAAUUAAACCACUACCUAAACUGUGAGUAAUUUGCACUAAUUGUCUGUGAAAUUGAUGUCUGACGCUUACAAUCGAAGCAGAAAUAGCAUAUCUGAAAAGCAGUGACCGAAACGGUUGGAAAAAAGCUACAAUGGUGCCAGAAGAGUUGAAUAUUUCGCUUCCGCGAAUAAUCAAACGCAAAGUCAGCCCUUUUAUUGCAUCAGCAGCGUCAUCAAACAAACACAGCAGUUUUAUUUGUUAACUCAUUUCCGGAGGUCGUGGGAUUUGUGGGCGUUCUCUUAACAAACGAGAAAGUUUACCUCCCGCGAUAGGGGGAAAGUAAAACACCAACAUCGCAACGUUAGUGGUUUAGCGAAAAAAACAAACAAACAAAAAAAACAAAUGGCGCGCCUGAAAUAUGCCUGAGAGAGAGGAAGUGCGCAUUGAAAUACACAAUCAAAGCAUUCGAUAUUUUUAAUAAACGAACUCUCGAAAUGGGUUUUUCUCCGGAAAAGCGUCAAUUCACGCUAUGGUUUAGCCUAUGAAGUAGUUGCGGAUGGGAUUUUGAAAAGCGCAAUCAAAAGAAACCACAGUUUUACUUUAUCGCACAUCUUUAGGGCAGGUCCUUGGUCAAGAGGGCGACUCGUGAUAGUUUCGUCGCGCCAAACGUCCACAGCCCGGCGAUUUAGUUAGAGAGAGAUCAAAAAUAAUACCAAUCCGAUACACACAGUUCAACUGCAAGAACUGAAGUGUUUCUUUUUAUCCGUUAAGCUUUGUUCCUAUGACAGAAAAUCAAACAAUUAUAGUAAUUUUUUUUUUAACUGUAGAGCCAUUUGGCUUGUAAAUCACACCCUGAUCUUUACUUUACCGAUAUCAACCAUUAGUUGAAAACGAGGUUUGAAUUAACAAUAUGCUAUCAGGGGUUGUAUUUUCAAAUAUAACACCGUUGUGGCAUGUUAGCUUUCCAUAAUUGCGUGGUAGUCACACAAGGCCUCGUAUCAAAAUUACUGAUAUACGUCGUGACAAUUACAAUUUCGUUUACCCACCUCAUAGCUUGUUGGCUCAAAUGAGCUUAGCUAUUUUUAGAGCGGUGAUCAAUUCCGAGCAGUCAGCGACAGCAGGGGUACAAAAUUGUUGACAUUCGAAUUCCGGAGUAAUAUCUGAGCUAAUUGAUUCAAGAGCAAAAAAACUACGGCAAACACGAUAAAAACUGAGGGAAGACCACAAAAAAAACAAACAUGAUCAGCUCUAUUCAAAGAUAAGUCACAUUCCCACACAAUUGGAUGUUUCACAUCAAACAAAGAUCUCAAACAAAACUACGUUUUAUAGUGAGAAUCAUUGAUGCUUUGCAUAAAGAGUCAUAAAAUAUAUUCUUCACCGUUGUUUAGACCCUUUCCAAAUUAUAGAAAAUUUAAUAUAUGGUUCAAUAUCAACAGAUGGAUUAAUAUACUCCAGAAAAUCACUUUGGCAGCGAAUAUCGUCUUCAUAAUUGGAAUACGCAGCGAAUUUGUCUACUCGAGGCGCUUAUGUACGUGUUUUGUUAUCCUUGGUACUUGCACGACCUUACAAUUUGUUAUGCAAGCGCAGUCAUCGUUUGAAUUUAGGCAAAACAAGAAAUGGAGAAUUAGAAGAAAAAAAGAUGCUCUUUGUAAGAAGCAAGUCGUCGAUAACUGUUGAUGAUAUUCCAGACAAUAAGUUUGUUAACAAAGUCACUUAAUAUUCUUAUACAAAGUUUUUUUAAAGAACUUUUUUUAGUUUUUGCUGUUCCUAGUAUUUCGCAUCAUCAAUUUUCAAGAAAAUCCGUAGCUAGUCUGAAACCGAAAUCAAUGCCUCACCGUACAUCGAUUUUCCUUUUAUAUGUUACCAUGCGACUUCCUCAUGUAAAAGGAAGGUAUAUUUUAUACCCUACCGUUGAAAAAACGACAUCAGGCGGAGGGGGGUUUGUACUUCUUGAUUGGUGUAAUAAGCCAAUUUGUGUAAAUUCUCUUCACAAGAGAUUUAAAUAGAGAGCCUUGAAGUCAUUUCCUUUAUUUCUCUGUCAGGUUACCAAAUUCAAACGCCGUAAAGAGUAACACUUGAUUUUUAGAUUUAACAGAACUGAUACUCUAGGAGCUAUGAACACUUUGUUUCUACUCUACAGAAGAAAAUUAUAGUGGGGGUCUUCGAAAUAUUUACCAUUACUUUUGCCUCAGGCUUCCAAAUUCGCAUUUUCGCGAUAAGUGGUUUCUAUCUUAAGCUUUUCACUCAAGAGAGGAAAUAAUAAUAGUUUUCACUGGGAGGUAUGCACAGAACAACCUCUCAAACACAGCUUUCCAAAUAGGUAUUCAGUCGCUUAAAUUAUCGCAAAAUCAAUUAACAUGUCUCUAGCUUUCCACUUUCGCAAUGUUUCAAUUAAAUUAAGAGGGCGGUGAAUUUACUGACCCCUGGUUGUCAACACAUAACAGAACAUUUGGCCGCAUGAAUGCAUUUUUAGAAGGGCAGUUAAAACGUCUCAAAAGAUUCAUGUAUUCAGUAAGAUACACGAGGCUAACCAACACGGUUUUACCUUUUGAACGUUUUAACUCUGGGUGGUAACUUUAGGUAAAGGCAACGUUAGGUAACUACUAAAACCUUCCAAAGGUCCUACCUUUAAAAUAGCGAGGUAUAGAAAAUGUUAGAGUUUAGGCUCUUGAACUAAGCCUCCCUGAUCUUUUGUAAAACGGUGUGUUUCGAUGGCCAAUAUUGAUUCUUUGUUUCGAGAGAAGGAGGUACUUUGCUUAAAAACCAAAGAAACGUCUUAAACACGCUAUCUUCCAUUUAUGUAGCGGAUGACAGUUUCACGGUUUCGAGAGCAGAAAGAAAAGGAUACAAGAGAGCGUGUCCUACAAUGACAUUUUUGGAAUAAACUUGGCUGGAAACUGCACUUUUUUGUCAUUAGAGACAGAACGAAAUGGGAUCAAUAAAAAAAUAGAAGUGUUCACUUUGAUUCCCACAAGGGGCGUUCAAGCAUUUAUAACUUAUUAAUUGUAUUUGUAAACCAUUUGGUAAGAGGAGGCACAAUACCAAAUGCGUCAUCUCUUCUUUGUGCUACUUGAAAUGGCCACUUCCGCUUAGCUUCGGUAGGGGGUUGGUUGUAUGUGAAAAUCAGAAGUAGUAGCCGCCCCUUUGAACGCGAUCGGUCACGAAAGUGUCUUUUGAAAGAUACAAACAAGGUUUAACAACCUCGUUAGAAUCACUCCAACGGCGAGGGAUUCCAUUGAGGCUCCACGCGACCAAUUGGUCGUGACUUUGGAAUGUCGAGGAGUGCUUAAAGCCGAUGCAAACGAUAAGUCAUCAGUCAUAGCUUAAAGUGUGCCUUGCAUAGCCCUUUUUAUGUCAGACAGACAACGCGACAUUGACCCUCAUUACCAUUUAUUUUAAGUUACACCUGUGCUUAGGAUUCCAUUUAGGGGGUCUUCUCAUGAUCGAAAAUAGAGCCCAAUAUUAGGGCUUUCAGCUCUGCCUCAGCGAGCUAUUAACUUUCUAGCUUCGACCAACAGGGUUUGUUUUUGGUAAAGGAGCGCUAUGUCAUUGUCGCGUGGGCGUUCUGUAACACCCUUCAAAUAGUCGCUCAGGUAAAGUUGAGGGGAUCAAAUGCAAAGCCAUAUUUAAUCCUUUAUAUUGCAUCAAAUUUUAGAGAGUUAUUCGGAAUCCUUUAGUAAAUAGUUACCUUAUUUGGAUUUCUCGAUAGCAGUUCUUUAAAUUUAGAAAGUACUCGAUUGAGUUAUGCAGUGUAUGCUCGUCUUUAUCUUGUAUUUCAUUUCCGUUCAAUUUCAGCACUAAUUGUAAUGGAGUCGAUGGGUCCAAGUAUCGUUCGACUCAAAGGCGUGGCGUCUAAGACAUACAUCUGUAUGAACGAUGAGGGGGUUUGUCACAUCAUGGUAAGUGUAAUUAAAGAUUUUUAACACUUUCGGUUUUAUUGCGUGGGUAAACCUUGGAGACCAGGGACCCGUUUCUCGAAAGUCCCGAAGCCAAAUUUUAAAAUCGAAAUUCGAAGAAUAAAAAGGCAGGUUCUGGCGCCGUAACCAGUCUAUUUUUUCUCUUUAGCUUAUAGUUUCAAGGCAUAAUUUUUUUUUAACUUUUGAAACCCCAAUCUUGAAUGAGAACAUACCGGGACGAUCAACCGAUUGGUUGAUCCUUUCUUUUUGGUUAUUGGUUUAACUUGUGUUGGUCUGGAUUGCGCACCCGAUUAACACUAAACAAAUAUUUCACAAAAUGUCUUCUGAGCUGAAAGACCAAUUGAAUUGACAGACGGUCUAACCGCUUCAAUGGCUUAAAGGCUUUCGUUCUGUGCUGAUUAAUUAACUAAGAGACUCCCUUUGCUAGCUUGCCAAUUGAGUGGGAUGAUUUCUUUAAAAGCUCUUACGCCGCUUUACUGACUAACAAACUGACAGAUCGAUUGACCGACGGUUUGAGCUACCUGAGAAAACUAUGGAUUGGCAGGUUUUCACGCCGACUGACUGACUGAUCAGAACACCACGGAGUUAAUGGCCGCGUGACAGACAGGUGAGCUGGCAGAGAAGAUGAACGUAAGACUAGACUAACUGACAGUCUAACACUGUGCAUCAAUGGUUGGUUAGAUAUCUAAUUAGCUGGAUUGUUGACUCGAUUUACCCGAGGAUAAGGUUUCUGUGUUCACCUUUUCAGGCUCAACCAACAGACGAAUGCCUGUUUAAAGAGAAGUUAGGAACGAACUAUUUCAACACUUACGCUUCUUACAAGUACAGCGGGAGGAACCCUGGAAACAUAACCCAAGAAUUCUACAUCGCUAUCAAGAAAAACGGAAAGCUUAAGCAUGGUGCUAACACAGCCAUGAUACAAAAAUCCGUGGACUUUACGGUAGUGCCGCUAAAGUAGGGAAGGAGCCAUGGAUGAUCGUGCUAAAAGCAAAGGCACCGAGAAGCCAGUGACAGCCAUGUGUGAAAUGACGGCUUGCGGAAAUCGUAAACGUGGUUGGCCGAAACCACAGAUCUUACAAAAGAAAGCAGACGGAAAACUUUUGAAUACUCCUGUUAGCUUGUGAAACAAACAAACAAACAAAUACACAGGGAAAUUAAAGCCACAGUGCACGACAUGGAUAGAAGAAACCAGUAAGAAAUAACAAGAAAGCCUUGUGGAGUAGGAAAUACUAAGAAAAGUUUGAGUGAAGGAGAUUAAGUAGGUGUGAACGACUAGCAGCUCCCAUGAUAAUACAACAGCCGAGGGGGACUGACCGUGAGCACAUGAUGGAAAUGAGGAGCGUAAAAACUAAUGCGCAUGAAAAAUGGAAAACUUAAAAUCGACUAUAAGCCCGUUGAACUUACAUCUUGGCAGAGUUGGUUUAUGUCACUGACAACUGGCUGGGUAACAUUCACAGAGUGUUUUUGAACGAAUUCAGCGAAUACUCUAACAAAUGAAGCUUUGAGUGCUUCGCCCAAUGGAGAUCAGUUAUUUUACUACGGCCAAAGCAAAUCGCUUGGCUCGUGACUCCAAUAGUGCUCAACCUCAACCAUGUUGUAUCCAUUUUCAGCGAAUUUGACUACUGUUAACGGAGAGUUGUAGACGAGGUUAGAUAACAGUUAAAAAAAUCGAAUACAGUAGGUAUGAUGAAGAGAUUCGACAAAAAGUAUGUUUUGACCGGAAGACAAAGUACUUCAGGUGUAGGCUGCUACUUAAGUUCUCAACUCUUCUUCCAUAGGCACUGCAAUUACUCCGGCGGCAAAACAUCUAUUUAAGAAAAAAAAUUCCAGAGGAGGCGAUGAUGAGCAAUAUCAAUCGCAACAUGCAAAAAGUUUCUAAUAAGGAAAUAAAAAAGGCAUAAUCUCUUGGUAAAAGGCGAGUCAAAGUUGACGAUUCUUUGGAACGGUCAGAUAUCAAGAGACUAAAUAUUUAUUUUUUCAAAAUAGAGAAACAAAAGAAGAGGAAGAGUGAAAUUACCACAGAAAAAAAGCGAUGUAAUGAUAAUGUAGGAUAUAGCAUUUAAAUUUAAUUUCAUUUGUACAAAGCGAUUUCAAACAAUUCACAUAAAUCUUCGAGAAAUAAGGAUCCAACCCGACAGUGGCUGCUCUGAAUAGCCGCGUUUCAAGAAAUGUUAAACGUAAGCAUUAUUAUUUCGAAAAUCACGCUCUCGAACUAUUGUAGCAAUUUUUAUAAUGAAUAAAACAUAUUAAAGAC